AUGAAUAGUUCUUCGAUAUGCUUGUUUCUGCUCGUGAUGAAUCAACGAAGCGGCUCUAGCACCAGAACUUUGGCUACUUCAUCGCUUCGGUAUGGCUCGGAAUUGGGAUUGUCAUCGCAAGGGUCAACAGCGUUGUCAUCUCGCCGUGGACAUGCGCGUGCUGAUCUCGGGACAGCUCCAAUCCAUCAUAGGACUGUUCGAAUCGAAGGCUUGGAAGAUGAUCUUGCUGAUGACAACACACAACCUCGAAUGUAUAUCUGGGGAACGAGAAUCUGUGUGGUGGAUGUGCAAAGAGCUUUUCGAGGAUUUAUCACAGAAUUCAAGGUGUCUUCACUAGAUGAGGAUGAAAAUAUGCUGAUGCUACCAUCAACCCGUCAAGCCGUGGAUACUUCUGUUCCCUACUACAUGGAACGCUUGUUCGAGAUUGAUCAGACUGAUUGCCCAUAUCUCAAUCUGAACCUUGCCCACGUUAAGGCAUAUUCAGAGCCGUUGUACAGAAAGAUCAUUGCGUACCCUGCGGAUGUCAUUCCUUAUAUGGAUAUGACAGUAAACGAGAUCUACCAAGACAAGUAUAACCGUUCACUUGCUACACCGAUUGAACUACGUCCUUUUAACGCCGACAAAACAAGGAAUAUGCGUAGUCUUAACCCAUGUGAUAUUGAUCAACUAAUCACGAUCACGGGAAUGGUGACACGUACCUCAUCACUUAUCCCUGAAAUGCGGCUGGGCUUUUUCCAGUGUUCUGUUUGCAAGUUUUCAGUGGAGAGUGAAGUUGAUCGUGGAAGGAUCGAAGAACCCACUACCUGUAGCAACUGCUCAAAUACUAUGUGCUUCCAACUAAUUCACAACCGAUCAAUAUUUCUAGAUAAGCAAAUAAUUAAACUCCAAGAGUCUCCUGAUGACAUGCCAUCAGGUCAAACACCUCAUUCUGUUAGCGUCUAUGCUCAUGGCCACCUGGUUGAAUCUGUGCAGCCAGGAGAUCGCGUCACUCUUACUGGAAUCUUCCGUGUUCAAGCUACGAAGGUCAAUCCUCGUCAAAGGAACUUGAUGGCUGUCUAUCGUUUAUUAUACUCGCGGGUUCAUAUCUUUCAAGAAAUGUAUGUAUCAUUUUUUGUAGCUCCAUCGAUCUAUGAACAUAACGAUGUAAAGAAAGGAGUUCUUUGUUUGCUAUUCGGUGGCACCAAAAAAGAAGACGAAACCACUAAUAAAACUAAGCUGAGAAUUGCAAUUUUUAAUUCGCUCAGAUUAACAUUCUUCUUUGGUUCAUCUGCUGUUGGUUUGACAGCUUCAGUAUCCCGUGACGGUGAAACUCGGCAACUCGUUCUCCAAACUGGUGCCAUAGUAUUGGCUGACAACGGAGUCUGUUGUAUUGACGAGUUUGAUAAAAUGAAUGAAUCUGCGAGAAGCGUCCUUCACGAGGUUAUGGAACAACAGACUUUAUCGAUUGCCAAAGCAGGUAUCAUCUGCCAACUGAACGCUCGUACGUCGAUCCUUGCUGCAGCCAAUCCAGUUGAUUCGAAGUGGAACCGCGACAAGACAAUCGUAGAAAACAUCCAGCUACCUCAUACUCUACUUUCGAGGUUUGAUCUAAUCUUUCUAUUGGUUGACCCACAGGACGAAGGUUACGACAGACGCUUAGCGAAUCAUUUAGUGUCUCUUUACUACAAGGAUAGUGCUGAAGAUAAGGCAGAACAACUUGACAUGGCAUUGCUGAGAGACUACAUCGCAUACGCUAAGGCUAAUAUUCAUCCGAAGUUAACGGAUGAUUCAGCACAAUUUAUAAUCGACAAGUAUCUUUUUAUGAGGAAGGCUGGUGCUCAGCAUGGCCAGAUUUCGGCGUAUCCUCGUCAGUUGGAAUCACUAAUCCGUCUAUCCGAAGCACAUGCCAAGAUUCGUCUUUCAGAAACUGUACACAUAGAUGAUGUGGAAAACGCUUACAAUCUUUAUCGUGAAGCACUGAAACAAUCGGCAGUGGAUCCGGUAACUGGUAAAGUGGAUGUGAACAUAUUGGCAGCUGGUAUGAGUGCCACUAGCAGGAAGAUGGUGCAACAGCGAGCUGUCUACAGGUUGCUGAUGCCAUUUGGAACGGUUAAGAUGCUGAAUCGUGACAUCUUUGACGAAGCCUUGAACGAGCUUGCUAAGAAGGAAGUCAUAAUAAGGACUGGUGAGAGAAUUCGAUAUCUUCCAGUGAAGAGCUAA